CCUUCUUCUGUUAUCCUCAGGUUCCCAAGAAUUUGGCAUGGUGGAGGUCCUGAUUCUGUCCCAGCUGUGACAACACAGGAGGUUUGGGGUAUUUUUAAUGAUUAAUUUCCUGCUUUAGGGUGUGCCUCUGUGAGCAGCUCUCUGCAGACGGGGAAAGGAGAUGAAGAUCAACAAAGCAGAUACUGCUCAUGGUUGUACUCCCCUUUACAAAGAUGCUAAGGUUGCAGCUUUCCAGGAGAGGAUCUUCAUCUACAGCAUUUUAUCACCUUGAGGUGUCCCACCGACUGUCCCGUCAGAGCCCAAGGCCCAUACAGCAUUCAAAAGCAGCAUAUCUCAGCAGCUCUUUUCAAGAAAUUGUAGUAUUUAAUGUUCACUGAGUCCAGUGGAAAUGAUAGCACUGAUGGGAAGGGGAAUAACGAGGAUUGUUGUGUACAGCUGAACAUCGCAGACAAAAGGUUAGCAGGCUUAUCGAAUUAAGGAGUGUGUCAUCAAGAGUUCCUGGUGAAGCUCUUCUGGCCGCAGAGGUGGAAGAUGAGACCUGAGCCCAGGAUCCAUCUCAUAUUUCACACUGCUGAGAUUUGUACAACUGCUCGAGACAUCUGGAUGCCUGGCUUUGAAGCUUGCAUGAUCCUCGUAGAUAUAGAGGUAUAUGUUUGGCUCAUUCUGUUUAACUUGUGGCUCAGAAACUGUCGGUUUAUGCUACCUGCCUUCUUCAGCCUGACAAGUUCAAUUUCUGCAAAACAUGUUAACGUGGAUCAAAGCAAACCUCUUGUGGGCAGAGAUCCCUGUGGGAGAGUUCUCCCUGGAGAGAAAGCAUCUGCACUCGUAGAAGCCUGGCAGAUGGGGCAGCAUCUCCUACACUGGCUUUCCCUCUAGGGAAGGGUAUGCACAGGAAGGACUCAGUGGAGCAAGGCCCAAGUACUUGACUGUCUGCUGAUAAAAGUUCCCGAGAGUCCUUCUUGUGGAGGUGGAAGGAGGAGCCAGCUUUCUGCAGACCUAAGUUGGUUUGGGGUGGAAUGGCUGAAAUCAACCAUUUUUCUAACUGCUGCCUUUUUCUGCUGAAUCCUUACAGAACUUAGUACACAGAAUAGAGCAUUAGAAGUUUUUGAAGUCUCACUCUGUAAAGACAAGCUAAGAACUGCAGGUGAGUACCAUGAAACUGUAGCUGAGAAUACCUACUGUAAGUAAUGCAAAGCAGAAGAAAAGUGAACAUCACUUGGCCUGCAGCUUACUGGUUACAAUGACAAGAUGCAGAAUGGUUUUCUCCUUCUGAAACUCCACAUAGGGGAAGUAAGGUGGGCAAAAUUAACAGUACCCCAUAACUUGCUCCUACUGAAUGCUAGGAUGAGUCUGUACUGCUUGUAAACCUUCAAACUUGCUAGUCAAUCUAGCCACCAAUUUGAUAAGGUUAAUUGAAAGUUUACAAAACAAAGGAUUCUUCUGUAAAAAGCUGAUGAAUUCAAGACUGCUGCUACUGUCUGAUACUUGAAACUGUACCAUGAAAUAAGCAAAGGGCUUUGAAUUGACGCUUUAAAAAAAUCUACAGUAUGUAACAUAAAAGAUAUGCUAAAACCUCCUUAAAACUACAAAGAAAUCAUGCUAUAGCAGCUCUAAGAAACAAAACAGGAGAGAAGAAGAAUUAAUGCAUUAGCUAAGGUCUUAUUUAGUUUGCUGUAGGAAUGUCUGUAAAACCUAUUGCUCUGUUGUUCUAAUGAUGUAGGCUAAGACACAGGAGAUAAGAAAAGCCAAGGCACUGAAAGCUGUUGCAAAACUAGGUCACUGUUAAAUUAAACAUUUUAUGAAAAAUAGAACCUACCUGGAGCAACUCUGAAAACCUCUUUGCCUUUUUCAUGCACUCGGCUACAGAGGGGCACUUACACCACCUCACUGCGUCCAUGGGGAAAAGCCCCAGCUUAGGCAGGUCUCGGCACCUACACCCGAGCCAGCAGCUCCAUUUUUUCUUGUAAUUAAUGCUUAUUGAAUCUUUUUGAAGGAAGUGCCACAGGGUAGUUAUUGGAUCAACAGUCCUGUGAAGGGAAAGCACUGACCCAGCCUCGGAGCACCGCAGGCGCAACGGUGAGCAGGACAGCUGGCACCGGUCUUGUGAGCACCAGUGGGUAUCGCUCUGGUGUCACAGCCACUGCAUGCAGUGCUGGAAACUUGCACCUUCCAAAGCCGGGAUAAAAUGACCCUUUUACAGUAGUCUGUAUGAGAGAUCUUUAGGAGAGUAUAACCAGGUGUGUGGGAACCUUUCUACUGCUGCAGUCAUCAGCAGAAGAUGAAUAAUUUUAUAAAAGGUGUCGUUUGGACUUUUUUUUUUUCUUCAGAAUUUUUCACUUGAACAGUUGCAACUGUUCCAGGUACCAAUCAUUUCCAGAGAGCCAGUGUGCGAGGCACACCACAGCCACAACAUAGUGGGACAUCCCUGCUUUUGGUGCCAAUCAGCAGGCUCAUUGCAUGUAAGCCUGGUUUUGAUAACAUCCAAAUGAAGUAACUCUUCAGGAUCUUAGGAAAGGGGAGAAACAUGAACACUACGCAGGGGCUUUUAAGACAGGGUAGAUACGUUGGUAAAGUUGCGUUUCCUCUGUGGAGCUGACAGCCUUACCACAUUAUACUGCAAAAAUCAGUCCGACUUGUGGAAACUAAACCUUGGCAACUCAGAAGCUCUUGAGGCUGAGGCUGGUGCACACUGCUGCUGUGAAGGGCCUGGGAGCAGUGCUUCCCAGCAUCUGUCCGUGGGGUUUUCACAGACAUUAGGGUCGUUUCGGGGUGAGUUCUUUCUGGAGGAAAAGGAAAGGAAUAAAAAUCUUAUCCUAUCUGCUGGAGAAGCUGGUGGAGCAUAUCCGUAAGAAGCGUGCAAGCUACUUUGCGCAGCUAAUUAAUGCAUGGAAACUCAUUCUAGCCAACAGCAAUGGCUUUUGCCCAUGUGACAGAUCUGCUUAAAAGAGCUGUGCAACUCAGAGUGAUUUUGUUUAAGGCGUUGUGAGUGAUAAUGGUGUGCAGGGUCCCUUUGUGGCCCCGGGCUUCUGCAGGGAAAUCGUGAGCAUUCGAGGACCAUGACCCAGCCAGAUAAGGCUUUCCUGCUUACAGAUGGAAGAAUUUUACCUAACAGCUUGAUCGUGCAGUAAUAAACACAUAAAUAGAGCACGGGACAAGCAGAACGCAGAAUCAUACUCCGCAUGGCGAUGAAGUGUACCCGAUGAAAACAGCAAGAAAAAAAUAAAUGAAAAGGAAGACAGAGGCUUGCAAUCCGGAGUAAAGACCAUGCUGAAGGAAUGCCAUGCGGAAUGCAGGGACCACGUACGAGGCAGUGACUGAAUUUCACCGAGGGUUUGGGCAUCUGCAAGCGGGACCCCGCACGACCGAGGGCGCAGAGUUUCUCUGGGAGGCUCCUGAGGCCCUCAGCCGACCCCAGGCAGAGCCGCGGAUCCCCCCGGCACCCGGAGCGUCUCCGCGGGCAUUAACCGCGGUGGCAGACGCGCAGGAGUAGCUCGCAGGACCGGCGGCGAGCCUCAAGUGUUUCUCCGAGGAAAACGCGGAUUUUCCUAAAGAUAACGGUGCGUGGCGGCUCCUGCGGCGUGCACCGACCCAAGCGGUGCUCGACGGACCCUGCUGCUCGCCGCACCGCACAGCCUGCUCGCCCCGCUGCUCGCCCCGCUGGACACAGCCCUCACCAGGGCCAGGACGGCCUGCCCCAGUGACGAGAGGCAAACAUGGCCCAAGCACCUGCUGACCCUGGCAGCGCGGAAGCUGCGGACCCUGAGGAGAGCUCCCCGAACAUGAUCGUCUACAGAAAGAUUGAAGACAUCAUCACAAGAAUGCAGGAUGACAAAACAGGUGGAGUUCCCAUCCGAACUGUCAAGAGCUUUCUGUCUAAAAUCCCCAGUGUUGUCACCGGUGCUGAUAUUGUACAGUGGCUUAUGAAGAACCUCAGCAUUGAGGAUCCAGGGGAAGCAAUACACUUGGGAAGUCUUAUUGCUGCACAGGGUUACGUCUUUCCAAUCUCAGACCAUGUCCUUACCUUGAAAGAUGAUGGGACAUUCUAUCGUUUUCAGGCACCGUACUUUUGGCCUUCAAACUGCUGGGAACCAGAAAACACAGAUUAUGCCAUCUAUCUUUGCAAACGGACCAUGCAGAACAAAGCCAGGCUGGAGCUGGCGGAUUAUGAAGCCGAAAACUUAGCGAGACUUCAGAGAGCAUUUGCAAGGAAGUGGGAAUUCAUCUUCAUGCAAGCUGAGGCCCAAGUGAAAAUCGACAGGAAAAAGGAUAAAACAGAAAGGAAAAUUUUGGACAGCCAGGAGAGAGCAUUCUGGGAUGUGCACAGGCCUGUGCCAGGUUGUGUAAACACCACAGAAAUGGACAUUAGAAAGUGUCGUCGUAUGAAAAACCCACAGAAGGUUAAAAAGUCAGUGUAUGGGGUUACAGAGGAGUCUCAGCCCCAAAGCCCCGUACACAUGCCCUCCCAACCUGUACGCAAAACUACGAAAGAGGAUUUCCGGAAACAGAUAACUUUUCUGAAUCUGCAGAUAGACAGGCAUUGUUUAAAGAUGUCCAAAGUAGCAGAAAGUUUAAUAGCCUACACAGAGCAGUAUGUGGAAUAUGACCCCUUUAUAACUCCUGCUGAGCCUUCCAAUCCCUGGAUAAGUGAUGAUGCAGCCUUGUGGGACAUUGAAAUGAGCAAAGAACCUAGUCAGCAGCGUGUGAAAAGAUGGGGUUUCUCCAUGGAUGAGGUGCUGAAGGACCCAGUAGGACGAGACCAGUUCCUUCGCUUCCUGGAAUCAGAAUUCAGCUCAGAAAACCUCAGGUUUUGGUUGGCUGUCCAAGAUCUCAAAAAACAACCUCUACAGGAUGUGACCACCAGAGUGGAGGAAAUCUGGCAAGAGUUCCUAGCUCCUGGGGCCCAGAGUGCUAUCAACCUGGAUUCCCACAGCUAUGAGAAAACAAGCCAAAAUGUCAAAGACCCAGGGAGAUACACAUAUGAAGACGCACAGGAGCACAUUUACAAGCUGAUGAAGAGUGACAGCUACGCGCGCUUCCUCCGUUCAAAUGCUUACCAGGACUUAUUGCUGGCAAAGAAGAAGCCAGAGAAUGAGCAAGGUCGUAGAACUUCUCUAGAAAAGUUCACUCGCAGCGUGGGAAAGUCUCUGGCGAGCAAGCGCCUGACGGGCCUGAUGCAGUCCUCCUGACAGCUGCCGACAGCCGCCCUGCCAGAGCCGCAGCGUUUCGGGGAGAGCAGGGUGCUGCGGGGGAGAGCGCGAGCAGGAGCAGGGAGCAACUCGCCGGGGGAGAGCCCGCUCGUCACCGUUUACAUCGGCACUUUCUUACCUGUACAGCCUUGCAAGGACACUGAGCUCGGCAUGGGUACUUGGGGGCCUUCUUGGUUCUGGGGGAGCACACACCGCUGCACACAGGAGGCAACAAGACAAGCGCACAGUGUCUUAUUAUAUAAGGAAACAGACCCAGCUGCAGCUUGGAGGAAGAAGAGCUGAGAGAGAUCGCUGUUUUUCCUUCACCUCUUCUCUCCCUGGCACAGACAUGGCUGUAAUACGUGCCACCGCAAUCCCAUUUGCUCCCUUUCUUGUGGCCAUCUGGAUCCAGUAAAAUAUCUGCUGGAAGCUCCUUCUCCUUUCCACGAAGUAUCAGAUGCAUUUCUCCUGCAGAUUCAUUGACUUAAGCUUUGUUUUUUCUUUUCUAUGUCUCUCCUCCUUUAAAAUAACAAGAAAGAAAGGCACUACUCAAGUUCGUCACUUGCUGUCCUUCCAAUGGCAUGUAGCAUGUCCAAAGACGAUGGCCAGAUCCUCAGCUGAAGGCAGGAGAGCAUGAGUGGCUUUCACCACCUGAGGAUCUGCCCUACUGCGUCAGACUGAUUUUGGUGCAAAUCCUCUGACAUCGGCAGGAUAGCUCUGCAUGUACAUUUAGUGCAAGUGUGAUCAGACUCUGCCUGAUGUUCAGAGUCAUGUUUUAGAUGUAUAAUGCUCUUAUGCACAAACACACAAACACACACAUGCGGUAUUUAAAAGUGAGUUGUUUUAUAUUGUAUUUGGUUUUCUAUUUAUUUAAGGUUUUGCAUACUUAUUCAAUGAUGGAUGUUCAAGUUUUACUGCAAGUACAUAGAGUUGAACCACUUAGAGGAAAAUCCAGCUCUAAUUAGAACCAAAAUCUGUUCAUGCUUAUACAGGGAAAGGUAACUCUGCUGUGGGCAGGUGUAAUCGAGAGCGAAAUUCAGUCCACAGCAAGGAGAGAACUGAUGGAGACGGGCUUGGCAGAAGCAGCUUGUGACUGGGCAGGCGCUGGGUGCCAGCUAACCCUCCUGAGCAGCAGCAGCACCCCCAGCCGAGCUGCCACCCUCAGGUAACUGACCCAGCUGAGCAGCACCGCUGUAAGAGCAAACUCACACCGCUCGAGGAAAUGAGCUCCCAUCUGAGGUAGAGCCCAUGAAUACAACUGCAAGAGGUGACCCAAUAGCUUGUGUCAAAACAUUGGGAUUUUGGAGGUCAGGAUAAGCACAGAACUGAAGUGACUUGUUUAAUGCUAAAAUCCACAUUAUACUAGCUGCAGAUAUGGAAAAUGGACUGCAUUCAUAUACAGUAUAUUGCCUAUAUACAAAAUUUUCAAGACUCAGUUGACUUAGUGCCACAAAACCUCCUAUAUUUUACAAGCCGUUCAGAUCUGAAGUGUAUGUGAAAAUAGACACUUGGUCUUCUUCACUCAUGCCAAGCCAAGCUGGCUUUUUGUGCAGGUGGUAGAAAUUGCUAUAUGGCUACAAGUCUGCAUUCCUAUCUAGGCAAAAUUAUCUAUCUCGCUAAGUAGACAGCUGGCUACCAACAAUAUCCACUUCUGAGGCAAGUAUUAUCCUAACAUUCAAGGCCUAUGUAUGCACAAAAUCAGGCCAGCAUAGUUUCUGUCAGUAAAAGGACUUUCCCUCUUUACCCAUGAAAUUUCUCAUUUUGAUACCUCAAUUAUUUUUCCCAGACAGCUCCUGUUAACAAUUUUACCUAAGGUCCAUAGGACUCUCUACACCUGCAUGACUAUAAAGUAGAGUACUGAGUAUGAUAUUUGUUUCUUACACUCCCUAAUUCCCAUAAUCAGCCUGUUCUCUGAUGUCUUCAGGCCUAAUUCAUCGGCAAACAAGCGAGCUUCAGGACUGCAGAACCAUCGUGGAUGUGCCUGUACAUUCAGGUGGUGUCCUGCCUCUGAAGGGGACAUUUGGUCCCCUCCAAAUGGUCACUCAGCUGUCCUGACAGGACCUGUUUGUUCUCUGUUGACCACCCAGCCACAGGUUCCCCUCUGGCAAUAGCAGGGCUUUGUGCAACAGGCCCUGUUGUCAAUCCAAGCACAUUCAUGCAUGCCCCCUUUUGUCAUCCCGAAGAACAGUCAAAGGCUGGCUCUUCUCAGAGCCCGCUGAUCAUAGCGCUAUCAGUGCUAAGCCCACCGUUGCCACACAUUGCUGGAGGUCUGUAGGCCAACGACUGCUCACAUCCCAAGCAACUCUGGGCCAAGGCACUCCCCUAGUUCCUCUCAUGGGAGGUCUGUCUUGUGAACCCCCAAGCAGUCCGCAGAGCAAUCCUAAGCAGGAUGUACACAUAAAGCACGAAACUGGUGCACAGCGAGGAGCAGCGCUGGGGAGCAGAGGGUCACCUGCACACAGGCAGGGCUGAGGGCUGCCGGCCCCAUUGUGCUGUGCAAGCUGCAUAUGGCAGCGGGACAGAUGGGAGCAGGGUCCCAGCCCAUGCAGGGAGCAGCAGCACCAGGCUUUGACCCAGAGACGUGCUGCUGCCCUGCAAGCAAAGUACCCAGCUCCUUUCCCUUCUCCGCUCCUGCAGGACAGUUGUGUCAGCUGCCGCAGUGUUUUGCCCGCAGGGAACAGGCUGUGUUUGAACAGUUGAGAGCAUGGAGGGAGCUUCUAGGGCAGAGAGAGCAUGCAUAUGGGCGUACGUCAGGGGGCCUGGCUGCUGAACAGCUUGACAUCUAAAUGCACACUCGUGUAAGCUAAUCUGCUCUGCAAUGGCGAGCCGAGCGGACAGAGCUCAAUAUGCUCUGGAGACAGGAAAGCUUCCCUCCUUGUUUCCUGACCAAAUUUCUCUAAAACAAACAUCACGAGAGUAGACAAGGCCUCCUCAUGGGAGCACAUAUGAACUGCUCUUCACCUGUCUUUUACUUCACAUAUGACAAUACUAACAUAUAAUGACUUCCACAUGAACUGCAUCCUUGAAUUACUGCUUUUUAAUGACAUUGCUUAUUGCAAGUGAUGCUUUUCUUGCACACUCACUAGUACCCCCACUGAGUGCUGCAAGCAGUAACCUGCUGCUUUAUAAGCAUCCCAUGUCUUCCAACUACCUCAUCACCCAGAAGAUGAGUUAGGAAAUCAGCUUUCCACCUCUAUUUGUGUUCUAAAUGGCAUUGUUUCAAGGAAAGGCAGAACUGGAAAGCUUUUACAAUCUUCAUGCUGUGAAAGCUAGCCACCAGGCGUCCCAUGCUUGCAGGGCUAUGGCUGUGAAAUAUGGCUGAGCACUGCUAUUUGGAUAAUAGAGUAUCCAGAGCAUUCAUAGCUACUGUGGUGGAUCAGCACCGGGACGAGCACAAGGAAGGUUCGACAAGUCAGUGCAGCACGAGGCUAAGGCAAAUGGAUUAAUAUACUCUCAGUAGAACUCAGUGCUAAGAUCCCAUAGAGUACUGUAAUAAAAUGGUAGCAGGGCAGCCAUAAAAAGUCACAGUAAGCUGACAUAAUACCAGGAUAAAUGUAGCAAUAAGGUAACACAGGCCACUGCAGUGAAGUAGCAUUUUGAUAAUGCAGCAAUAAGACAACAGGGCGCUGCAGUAAAUUAGUUUGGGGAAUAAGGCUGUAGUAUCAGCGUGUGUGGACAAACUGUGGUACAUCUGUACCAGGUACUGCAGCAAUAAAGAUAACACGAGGUGUUCUAGUAAUAAGUUACUACAGUAACAGCAACAUGAUGCACUGUACAGCUCUAUCAGGAUGCUUCCAUGCUGCAGUCAAAUCCUACAAGACAUGGUAGAAAGACAAUGAAGGCAAAAUGUGCCCCGUUUUGGACCACAAAUAAUGGGUCUGUUUUCUGCAGAGUAACCAAAAUCCUGGAACGAUCUUGGCAAUACUGAUCCUAUCAGUCCCUGCUUUCAAGGAAGCUGAGGCAAGAAAGUUCCCCCAUCCAGUCUAUCAUUUUGGUCUGAAAAUACAAAACCAACUCAUUGUCUCUUUAGCCAAAUUGUCACAGACGGUGGCGAAGUUCUUCAGUUGGUCCUUAGGUGACACCCCCAGCAAUUUCAGUAGGUCCUUUGCCUUGGGAAGGAUUUGGCUCUGUCAUCUUCUGGCAUGGGUGGUGCUUUCAGCCUACGACUCUUUCUGUUUUGGGGCAGGGGAAGGGGAACCCAGGUACAGGACAUCCAACUGUACUGGCCUGUUUCCUGAAAUGCACAAAUAAAUUGAGCAUCCUGGAAAAGUCAAAGCAAUGAAGCCCAAAUCUGUUCUGUCUGUCAUGCACACACGCGCACGUGAAUAAUCCUGCUGGAAUCAGUGUGAGUCCCGUAUGCACCCGUGGGACCUGUUCUCCGUGUGUCUCCAGCUGGGUGACUGAGGCAGGUUUUAUUUCUUAUCGCCUUUCCUGCUUUUCCCUUUUUUUUUUUUUAAGCAUCAUCUCUCUGUGAAAUGUAAUUAGAAAAAAUCAGUCUGCCGUAAGACAACAUGUAGCACAGUGGGCAAAGAGCAGGUGUGUCCAUGUGCUGUCUUUGUAUCCUUCAGAAAAGGGUAAAGCGUGCUGGAAAAAAAGCAGCAACCACUGCUAUGCUCAAUAAUAAUCAGGCAUAAGGUUUGAGCCAAAGCAUCUAUGUCAAACAGUGAAGCCUGACUGGAGUGUGUGUGCUAGAUAACAAGCUGGUCUCCUGGGGAGGGGAUGUAAAUAGGGCACCACUGCAAAUUAUGAAUAGUGGGAGCAGCUCACAGCUGGCUCUGGCUCCUUCAGCCGGUCCCAACAGAUACAGAUUUUGUGGCACAUCUUUCCAAACCCUCACACAACAGCUUUGCUGUCCCUUGAUAGGGCUUCCUCUGUCUAGAGCUGACGGAGCUCAGUUCAGAUUUUGAGCGGUGCUCUGAUAUGCCUUGCCUUGGCUUUUUCCUCCAACUCCUUGGCUUGCUCUUAUUGUGGUUUAAUGAUUAAGUAGGAUUAUUAAAGUAGAGCUCACAGUAGGGUAAGAUAGGCUGGGUUAUCAUGAUUUCAUAGCUUAAGCUGUGAGCAAUUUUGCAGCUUCUCAGCACUGUUUAUAACCUGAGAUUGAGAACAAGUGAGGCAGCUGCACAGCAGAACAGCGAGCUGUCGAACAAUACACUAUCUUCAUGCCCAUAUGUACUUUGAACUUACUGGUGAGGAGAAAUGCUUUGUAGUGAGAAAAGUAAUCUCACGGCAGGAGAGAGUCAGACCUGAUCAACUUUUUCAUGUGAUAGAGAUUUUGCUUUGCCAGCCCCUAACAUCUGCAAAGCUCACCACUAAGAGCCAGCAACCUUCUAAUCCUGCUGCUAAGCAUUUGAAAACAAGCUUUUGAAAAGGCUGCCUCAGACAGCAGUGCUAUUACUCACAGACUUUUAACGUGAAUUUAUGGCUAUUGCCACAAAUGUCAGCGUGGCUGCCCUCUCUCAUUUGCAGUAGGAAGCCGCGAAUUCACCCUGCAUGGAGGGAGGAAGUUGGUGGGCAGAAUCUAGGGAACAACUUGCAGGCUCGGGGCUCAAAUGUGUUGCAGGCAAAGGAGUCUAAUGCUGUUGGAGAUGGUCAGAUGUGCCCAAGCCAUCCACACAAGAUUGACAGCAAUGUCAUUGGAUUUGCCAGUGCAUCCUGUCUGGAGGCCCAGAGAGAUACCCUGGAACUACUCAUGUGACAGAAAAUAACUCUCUGUGGGCAAUAGCAUUGACCCCUGACCAUUGCUACCUAUCAGAGACAUGACACUGAACUUCCAUCUCUUGUCUUUGGGGACUUAAACCAUGCUGUCCUUUCCCUAAACAGUGGGAGGCAGAGACCUGGCCUGCUCCUUCCACGGCUGCACUAGGAAAUCCUUGGCUGGGCUGGGACAUCAGGAGUGAUCGGUCCCUUUUGGAUCCUUGUCAAGAUGUCUCACAUCCGUCUGCAUGCGGGCUGUUCCUGCAUGCCGCAUAGCUUCACAGCCCCGUGCUGCUGGGGUCUGAUUCUUGUCAUACUCAGUGUCAGCCUUACGCCACGUGGGUUAAGGCACAGCAGAUAAAAAAAUUCAAACGAUGCUUUACAUGGCACAUCAUUUCCCCUAAAAGCAUUUGGGAUUCUGAAAUGCCCGACUAUGAGGUCAUUUGGGGCCAAACACGAAGAAACGAGGUACUGUGGGACAUUUCUCUACAAGGAAAGAUCUCUGAAGGGCCCCUGACCCACGUGCUGUGUGUGACUGAAGGCAUCUGGGCCUGGACACUAGGUUCAGGCCACAGGGCCUUGCCCAGCACAGCAGGCUCGCUGGCGCCAGGCCCCCGGGGGCUGUCCCAUGGGGUGGUGGGGACGAGGCCUGCUGCAGGACGAGCACGAGGGUGCAGGAAGGUGAGCUCCCAGAGGGCAGACGGGCUCUGUGGGUCCCUGCUACAGGCGAAACAGCCCAGGCUGGGGAGGUGGGAAAACACGUCCCCUUGCAUGACCUCCCAGCACAGUGGGGACGUGUCACUGCCACCGAGUAUUUUUGGCCUUACGCAGGCAUGGCAGCCGCUCAGGAUUUAGACUUUGGACACUUCUGGGCAGGGCGGGCAGCCAGCUGGCCGGUGCGGGGCCGCAGCUGCGCCCACGGCGGGGAGCGAGCAGGAGCCUGCGGUGCUGCUGCCACUGUGCUGCUUAGGGCACUGUCGGGCUGUUUAACCCUUCCUGAGCCACCCCCCAGCACCUGUGGUGAUUGCUUCAACCCCUGUGGCUCCCAGCUGCCUUUUUGCCUCUCCACUCCUGUUUUCUCUGGCCCUCUCUUAGGCUUGUCUGUGCGGCUCCUAAAGGCGCUGCCAGAUUGAGCUUUCCCCACUGGAGCUGGCUGAGCUCUGUACCUGCUCUGCAAUUAAAAAAACAGGUGGAGGGUGAUGCAUACGUGGGCUUGGACUCACCCCUUCUUCAUCCCAGUCUCAAAGCCACAGGGCGGCCUGGCCUGUCAGCAGGACAGGCAUGUCCUGAGCAUGGGUACUGCGAACACCUUGGCAAAGCCUGCUGCCUGCCUCCAGGACUGCCCUUCUGCCACCUCUGGGACAUUUCUGUGGCUGCACAUUUGUGCAGCCAGCAGCAGUCGAUGGCUGAUACCAGAUGUUACAUCCCCCAUGCUGGGGCAUAGACAGGUUUUGGGCAUGUGCUGGCUAAUUCAAGCUAACUAGAGCUUUCUGCAGCCUAGGAAAAACUUGCCUUGCCCAUACAAAAAUGCCCCUCAGCCAGCCCUGCUCAUACACAGGCACAGAUAACACAUGGAGGAAACAAACAAACAAACAAAAAAACUCUUUGUUCAGCAUGACAGAUCAUCUGCUGUGGGCCAGCUGCAAACUGCAGGCCCUUUCCUGUGGCCAAACUCCUGAGCUUCUGCAGGGCUCUUCCCCUGAGCUACCCGGCCUCAAACGCCUGUCCUCCGUGACGACACACCACUGGACACUGAGCCACUCUGCUGUGAUGCUGAAGUUCCCUGCUGUGCCUUGCCUCCCACCCUGCAACACAGCACUCACAGCCAACACUGUGCAGAGCUUAGCAGCCCUCUGCAGUCCUUUACUUGAGAGAACAGCCCAGGGGGAGCUUCGUGGAGAGCAGCCCAGCAAACCACAGGCUUCUGAGCAUGGACGUGACAGGACGAGCAGCACCAGAGCUACCUGCACCAAAUUGAAAAUGACAUUGGUUAUGUGGGCUUUCUCUCUCUCACCCUCGGUGUUAUGAAUGCAGCAGUAAUUUCGCUUCGCUGUAGUAGUGGUGUGGAAGUGACCUUUUGAUUCAUCUGCCAGCAAUUUGAGGUCUCAUAUGGGUCACAGAAAUGAUGUGCCCUGGCUGCAGGUGAAGGGAGCCGGACCAGCAUCCUCCUGCUGGCUUCCUGCUGCCCAGCUUACCCUUCCCUCCCCGACUUUCUCUUCUAACCAAGCCAUCGGUUCCCAGAAAACAGCCGUGUUACUAUAUUAAGUUGAGCCUGCCCUUGGUGUUUCUUUGUUUCUGGGGAGUCUUAAGCAAAUCAAGUGGCAGAGCAUAUGCAGAGCACCACAGGCUCCAUGUCAGAUGACAGGACAGUCCAAAAGGGAAGAGAGGGCAAGAGAGAAAGCUCUGUGUUUGCAUUCAUUUGUGACAUGAUGGAUUUCCCCUUCCUGGAAGCAGCCCUGGCAUAAAUAAAACCAGUAAAGGCUUUUGUGUAAGAACUCCCUUCACUACCAAUAGUCAUGGAGUCAUAGAUAAUAAAAGACCUGGCAGCUAAUCUUGCAUUGCUCUGUGUAAUCAGCAGGAUUUUCUCUACUGAAUAUUCACCGAGGUUGCUUUAUGUACCGUGCCUCUGAAAUCUCCAGGGAUGGGACCUCAAAAGAUGCCCUCAAGAACACAUUUUCCUUACUUGAAAAAUUCUUACUACAAGGAUAAAACCCAAACCUCUGAUCUAAAACAUAAAAAGCCAUCUCUGAGUGAGUUUAAAAACAGUGAGAGCCAUCUGUAGGCCACAAAUAGCAAAGGUGUUCAGUACUGUAGAUCUUUUUCCCCGAGUAGUUCCCGUAAUGUAUUUUUUGCACUGUCUUGAGCCUAUUUUUCCUCCACCACCAUCCACUCCCACCCUGCAUCACAACACGGUGCAGAUAUUUGUGGACUGUCAGGGUAGGUACUUGUGGGCUAUUGUCGUUUCAGUCUUUUCCGCACCUCAGAUUAUAGAUCCGAGUAGAGCUCUUUUCAUAUGCCAGUUUCUCAAAGAUUGCUAUCAACUUUGCUGCCCUUCUCUUUGUUGAAAAGAUCAGUAAAGAAAAACAUAACAAUGUGGGACACAAGGGCUGUGCUAAUCCAUACGGCACAGUUACCCCAUCAUUUCUGCAAGCGAGGUAGCACCCUACCAUUGUGCUUGUUCCCCAUGGCAAACUGCAUCCAUGUGUCACACGUUGUGGUGUAACACAUUUUGCUAAAUCUAUGGAUUGCCAUCUUUGACCACUUUGCCUACCUCCAUCCUAUACUGCCAUCUGUUCUGUGGCUUACCUCCCCCAGUCCACACUCUUCAGUACCUAUGGAGGGCUGCCAGGAAAAUGGUUCCUCCUUUUCUUGCCAAAUUUGGAAUUUCAGUUGCAAGUGUACCCUAGCAAGAGUGCCAAGGGAAGGCAGAGUCAAUGCCAAACCCAUUCCAGCUUUCCUGUUGGGCACAUUUUCAAUGCUGUCGCAUGAGAUGAAAAGGAGAGCAGAGUCCUGUCUGAAAGGGGCCGUGUCCAGUACUGCAAGAGGAAUCAGCAGUUGUGCCUGGACCAGGAAGAGCAGAUUGUCAAAGACCUCCAAACUGUAAUAUCUGUAGGCUCAGAAAAAUAAUUCUAUGUGACAUGCACGACACCCUCAAUACACUGUACACUUGUCCUCAUGGAAACUAAUGUACCUGGCUGCAGUGAGUGAAGGUCUUUCUGAAAUAGUCCCAAACAAAUGUGCUAAAGCCACGUAAAUUACUCCUGGAAUUGUUUUUCCACAGGACUGGCUUGCAUAAUGUACUCAGGGCUUCUUUGUUUGCAUGUGAUACAGCCAUCCUGCAGUCAUGUUAGAGAAAGCUUUAUACAACACCGUAUUGCCAUGCUUGGUCAACACAUGCAUAUGCACAAGCAGAUAUUUCCAAAGUUACUUCUAUGGGCAAGUUUCUUGUAAAAUAAGGCAAAUAUGUCAGGCAUUUUUUCCUGUAGUACCCCCUGCAGGUGCUCUUAUCCAGGUUCUCCACUCAGUGCUAUGCUAGCACAACUGCCAGGCAUGAGACAUUGCUGUCACCUGCUCCUGGUGACCCACCCCAGCUGAGCAUUUGGGUGGGAAAGCACUGGAAAUGAUCCACCUGUUCCCAUUGAAGACCCUGGGAGCACCUGGGCAGCAGGGUCUCCACUGACAAGGUGUACUGCAGAGGGAGCAGAACAGCAUCACCUCCUUACAGUACCAUUGUCCAUACCAGGCUUUUUACCACCACAAAAUGCCGAAGGCUUGGCAAUGCAAGCUGAGCAUGGGGUGGUGAGGUUACCACCACUGAAGGCAGCUUCCCCUGCCCCAACCAUGUCUGGAGGUCGUGCACAGGGUGUCUCACCUUGCACCUGGGCUGCUGUGAGGUUUUACAGGAGGCUUCAAAGCCUUGUGCAGGCCUGGCAGAGUGGCAAAGUCACUCCAACAGGAAGCAUUUCUAGCCGCGCCCCCCCCCCCCCCCCCCCCCCCCCCCCCCCCCACGGGGUAACCUGUGAAUGUAGAAGUGAAUUAAUUGUGACUGGCCAUUUUCAACAUCACACGCCAAAAAAGUGUCAAGGCCUGUGAUACCAGGCAGAAGUAGUGCCCAGUGUUAGAGAUGGAAAAUUAAUUUCUAUUAGCCCAUAAGCCUGUUGCUCCUGGGCAAAGAUGUCUUUGACAAAUUCCAUCUCUUCUUGUGUUAACAAGUUGCCUGCAAGUAGAUUGCAGUAUCUCCAAGAUUUAUUCACUAUUUGAGGAUACUUGCCAAAUAUUUACUUGCCAGAGAGUUUAUUCCUGGAGGAAUUCUUGAUCUGCAGCUCAUUUGCAAAGCAGUUACUACUGGCAUUGGAUAGUUGAAAUU